AUGGCAUCCCAACGAGGCGAUAUGCCAUCCGAGCAGCAACCUGAGAAAGGCAGAGGAAUCUUUCGUUAUUGGAACCUCACCGCUUCAAGCCAGCCACCUUCAGAUGGCGGACUUGUCGCUUGGCUCCAGGUCCUGGGCUCCUUUCUCAUCAAUUUCAACAACUUUGGCCUUGCAAACAGCUUUGGCGUAUUCCAGACAUACUACGAGACCACUCUUCUUCGACAGCAUUCCUCUUCCUCGAUAUCCUGGAUUGGAACACUUCAACUGUCCUUGAUUCUCAUCAUCGGCGUCGUUUCGGGCCCCUUGUUUGAUCAAGGACAUUUCUACCCCAUCCUAAUCGCUUCGUCUCUGAUGCUUGUUUUUGCUCUCAUGAUGUUGAGUCUGGCGACACAAUACUACCAAGUCAUGUUGACAUGGGGAGUGCUCGGGGGCAUAUGUAUGGGACUCUUGUACAUCCCCAGCGUUGCCAUGAUUCCUCUGUACUUCACCUCUCACCGUGGUCUCGCCCUUGGCUGUGCGACUGCUGGUGGGUCUUUUGGUGGUGUCAUCUAUCCUGUCGUUGUCCGUGGCUUGCUCAAUACUGGUGGUUUUGCCUGGGCUUGCCGAACAAUGGGAUUCAUCGCUCUCUUCACCCUCAGCGUCGCCGUCGUUAUCAUCAAACCGAGCGUUCAGGCUGUCAAAAAGCCAACAAGGCAGCUGUUCGACAAAUCUAUCAUCAAGGACCGGGCUUUCACUGUCUUUGUCUUGGCCUCUUUCUUUAUGUGGCUAGGCUUCCUCGUACCUUAUAUCCUUACGCCUACAUUCGGCCUGGUGGGACUCGAUCAUCCCGUACCUGAGGACCUUGCGUAUUAUAUGCUGGUUGUCCCGAAUGCCACCCAAGCCCUUGAAAGGAUUAUACCUGCAACGAUGGUGGAUCAGAAGCUCCUUUCCGCCGAAACUAUUCUGUUGUUCAACUCAGUGGUGGCUGGAACCCUGCCACUCUGCUGGAUCGCUGUCCAUAACCUCGGCGGAUUUGCUGCUUUUCUCGUUCUCUACGGAUUCUUUUCUGGCGCUGUGACUACAUUGCCAGCGUUCAUCAUUCCAUAUCUCAGCCCGUCUUUAGCCGUCAUUGGUACUCAAAUGGGAAUAGUGUACGGCGCAGCAGGCUUCGGUGCUCUGAUCGGGACUCCCAUUGCUUUGGCGAUAGAUACUCAUAGCCGUCCCUUUUUGGGUGCGCAGUUGUGGAAUGGGCUUACAAUUCUUUUCGCUUCAUGCCUUUGUGUGUACCCUCUACAUGAAGCAAGGAAGCGACGAUUUGCAAUUGAGAGAAAGGCUGAAGCAAAGUCUGAAGCCCAGUCUGAAGCUAUAAACAAGUAA